AUGAGCAGAGUGGGGGGGUCCGAGGAGGCGAGGUGCCAGGCGGCACUAGGGAUCCUGGCCUCGUUAUGUCAGGGCCAGCCGCCCCCCCAGGGUCUGGACUUGGAGACUUGUAGGAGUUUCGAGCAGCAGCCCCCGGAACGGAGUCCAAGUUCUGCUGAUACAGGCGCCUCCGUCAGCCUCCUUGCUGUGGUAGUUAUUGUGUGUGGCGUGGCUUUGGUGGCAGUAUUUUUCUUUCUCUUUUGGAAGCUGUGUUGGAUGCCCUGGAGGAACAAGGAAGCCUCCAGCCCCUCUUCUACUAACCCUACCUUGGCGGCCCCCCAGAGCCCCAGCCCCAGCCCCAGAGACACGAUGGCCGACAAGGUGAAGGACCCCAACGCCCUUGGCUUCCUGGAGGCGGCAGUGAAGAUCAGCCACACGUCGCCGGACAUCCCGGCAGAAGUGCAGAUGUCCGUUAAGGAGCACAUCAUGCGUCACACAAGGCUGCAGCGGCAGACCACGGAGCCGGCCUCAUCCACCAGGCACACCUCCUUUAAGCGCCACCUGCCCCGGCAGAUGCACGUCUCCAGCGUGGAUUACGGCAACGACCCCCCACCUGCGGCCGAGCAGCCUACCAGCAUCGGCCGCAUCAAGCCCGAGCUGUACAAGCAAAAGUCCGUCGACGAUGAGGAGGGCAAGAAUGAGGCUGCCAAGACUUGUGGGAAGAUCAACUUCAGCCUGAAGUACGACUACGAGAACGAGACCCUGGUGGUCCGGAUCCUGAAGGCUUUUGAUCUCCCUGCCAAGGACUUCUGUGGCAGCUCAGACCCCUAUGUCAAGAUCUACCUCCUGCCUGACCGCAAGUGCAAGCUGCAGACCCGUGUCCAUCGCAAGACCCUGAACCCCACCUUUGACGAGAAUUUCCACUUCCCCGUUCCUUACGAGGAGCUGGCGGAUCGGAAGCUCCAUCUCAGCGUCUUCGACUUCGACCGCUUUUCCCGCCACGAUAUGAUUGGGGAGGUUAUCUUGGACAACCUCUUUGAGGCUUCCGACCUGUCCCGAGAGACCUCCAUCUGGAAGGACAUUCAGUACGCCACCAGCGAGAGUGUGGACUUGGGAGAAAUCAUGUUUUCCCUCUGCUACCUGCCCACAGCAGGUCGUCUCACCCUAACGGUAAUCAAAUGCCGUAACCUCAAAGCAAUGGACAUCACAGGCUACUCAGAUCCCUAUGUCAAAGUGUCCCUGCUCUGUGACGGGCGGAGGCUGAAGAAGAAAAAAACCACCAUAAAGAAGAAUACACUUAAUCCGAUCUAUAAUGAGGCCAUCAUCUUCGACAUUCCACCAGAGAACAUGGACCAAGUCAGCCUGCUCAUUUCUGUGAUGGAUUAUGAUCGAGUGGGUCACAAUGAGAUCAUUGGAGUCUGCCGAGUAGGGAUCAGCGCCGAAGGCCUGGGGAGAGACCAUUGGAAUGAGAUGUUGGCUUAUCCACGGAAACCCAUUGCACACUGGCAUUCCUUGGUGGAGGUAAAGAAAUCCUUCAAAGAGGGAAACCCUCGAUUGUGAUUUCAUUCAUGUGGAUGCUGCAAGCAGAGACUGUCACCUGGAGUUAGGAUGGCAGGGCCGAGCUGCAAGCUUUGACAGCCAGGGUUCCUGCCCAUCUCCAAAACCUCCUCCAACACCGUGAGAUGCAUGGCCAUGGAACACCAACGGGACUAAGCGAUGUUAUUUUUGCCCUUGUUCAACAGUCUAAGUGCAGGUGUUACCCUGCAGCAGCCGCCAGUCACUCACUCCAGAGUCUUAAAUGUUCCUGCCGUAGGUCAAGGCUGAGAAAUUUCUUGUGUGGUCAGAUUUGUCUUAGUCUUUUCUGUCUCCCAAGGUGAUUUUUUCAUUUGUUUAUUCGUUGGGGUUUUUGUUGUCGUUGUUGUUUUGUCGAUGUUGUGGUGGUUUUCACUUUUACGGAUUUGCAAUCGAGAAAAAGAUGGGGGCAAAGAAGGGGGAAUAAAGGGCAGAGUGCCCCAAGGUUUGUCAAAUAAAGUUUAGAUUAGUAGUGUUUUCUGUGGAGGUGGUGAAGCUUUGAAAUUCUGAGCCUCCACCAAGGUCACCCCACUCCUGAAGAGGAAGGAAUCUGAGCUGGGCUAGCCCUUUCAUUUUCAGAAUUCCCUACCAAGGGGACCACUCUUUUAUAGCCAGUGUUGGGUUGACCUUGACUCACCCAAACCCUUGGCUGGCUGGUGUUUAUAAAAUUGAGAUUUGGACUUUAAAAGUAUAAUCAUUUUGAAAUUUUGACCAAAUUUGAGUGGGGGGGUGAGAUUUGUAUAAGGGGGAGGGAAGUUCCCAGUAUGUUCUUUCGCAUGAAUUGAAAUAAGUUGCCUUUUUGAGAAAGCAGAAAUGUUUUCUGAGGGAAGAGUUUUGCUGAAGCCAGACAUGCCGAAUGUUUCCUGGAUCCCAGCAGCUAAUGGUGACAUUUGUUUGCAAACGGGAGCUUUGUUCUCAAAAUACCCCUAAUUAUGAAGAAAGAAAGGCAUAUAUAACAUAUGUUCGGGAAUGAUUCGCAGUAAUAUAUAGUUUUCAAAUUUCCAUGAGAUAUCAAACAGCUGCUGAAAAUAUUCAAAUGGGCCAAAAUUUGAAUCGGGGGGAAACCCCAAUAAAAGAUGAAUUUCCAAAUAGUAAGUUUUGGGAUCUGGGGUAUCACCCUCUCUCCAUCUUGCCGUGGAACCCAUAUUUUCUACUGAGGUCAUCAGCUAAUCUGCUUUGGCAAACUAUGGACUUUGGAGACACUUUUCAUCUUCAACUUUAAUUCUGUAAAUUGCUAAGUACUUUUGUGUUAUUUGUUUCCAUGUUAAUAAAUGGGUUUUCUUUAGCUAUCUACUUUAGGUCAGAUUCAAGGGAAAAGUUGAUAAUCUUCUGUACCCACAUUUUGUUUAAGUCUGAGUUAGUGGUGGAUUUGGAGCCCACUGGUCAGGGCCAGGGGCUCAGCCUCCAUCAAAACGGCAUUAGUGAAUGUGCUGGAGGUGAAUCUCCAUGCCAGAUCAGAGCUCACUAUUGCAAAAAUUGGAAAAUCAACGUAUUUAAGGCUUACCAAGGCUGAGCUAGAGAAGCCCUCUAUCAACCAAUGGAAGGUCAAAUACAUAAAACCCAUCCACCAACCUUGUGUCUCACUCUUUAUACAUGUUACAUGCUACUAGAGCUGUAAAUCAAUAAAGUAAACCCUUGUUUUAAACCGAAAUAA